AUGGCUCCUCCUCUGUCCUAUGCGCUGUUCGCGCUCGCUCUCAGCCCGGCGGUCAUGGCAGACCCUCUGCUGAAAUCGCGCGCAACGGCCAGCCUGAGCAGCUGGCUGGCCACGGAGACGUCGUAUGCGCUCGAGGCUAUCCUGAACAACAUCGGCUCGUCGGGUGCGUGGGCGCAAUCAGCCAGCCCAGGCAUCGUCGUGGCCAGUCCCAGCACGAGCGAUCCAGAUUACUACUACACCUGGACGCGAGACUCAGCGCUGACCUUAAAGGUGCUGAUCGACCUCUUCAAGAACGGCAACUCCAGCCUCCAGGGCGUGAUCGAGGAGUAUAUCGAUGCGCAGGCCUAUCUCCAGACGGUAUCCAAUCCGUCUGGCACCCUGUCUACGGGUGGCCUGGGGGAGCCCAAGUUCAAUGUCGACAAAACCGCAUUUACCGGCAGCUGGGGGCGUCCGCAGCGAGAUGGUCCGGCCCUGCGAGCUACUGCGCUGAUUUCUUUUGGCGAAUGGCUGAUUGAUAAUGGCUAUUCGACGUAUGCGUCUGAUAUUGUGUGGCCCAUUGUGCGCAAUGAUCUGUCAUAUGUCGCACAGUAUUGGAACGAGACCGGUUACGAUCUCUGGGAGGAAGUCGACGGGUCUUCGUUCUUUACCGUCGCCGUCCAGCAUCGCGCGCUGGUUGAGGGAGCCAACUUUGCCAGCGCACUGGGAACGUCAUGCGACUACUGUACCUCUCAGGCUCCUGAGAUCCUCUGCUACCUGCAGUCCUUCUGGACGGGGUCCUACAUCUUGGCCAACUUCCAGAGCAGCCGCUCAGGAAAGGACGUCAACACCAUCCUAGGCAGCAUCCACACGUUCGACCCUGAAGCGGCCUGCGAUGACACCACCUUCCAGCCCUGCUCACCAAGAGCACUCGCGAAUCAUAAAGUGGUGGUGGAUGCCUUCCGAGACCUCUACACUAUCAACAACAAUGCCGCUGAAGGUGUAGCCGUGGCUGUGGGUCGGUAUCCUGAAGACACAUACUAUAACGGCAACCCGUGGUUCUUGUGUACGCUUGCUGCAGCCGAGCAGCUGUAUGAUGCUCUGUAUCAGUGGAACAACAUUGGAUCCAUUACCAUCACCGACGUCUCUUUGGAUUUCUUCCAGGACUUGUAUAGCGAUGCCGCGGUGGGCACGUACUCUUCCUCGAGCUCCGAGUACAGUGCGAUCGUCGAUGCCGUGAAGACCUACGCCGACGGAUUCGUGAGCAUCGUGGAAAACUAUGCACUGACGAAUGGAUCUCUGUCCGAGCAAUACUCCAAGACGGACGGGACACAGGAGUCCGCUCGCGAUCUCACCUGGUCGUAUGCUGCCCUGCUAACGGCCAACAUGCGUCGCAACUCGAUAGUGCCCGCAGCCUGGGGUGAGACGGCUGCCAGCAGUGUGCCGGCGACCUGUGUGUCCACGUCGGCCACAGGCAUCUACAGCACUGCUACGGACACAGCCUGGCCGAGCACGUUGACUGCAGCCACAACGACAGCAACAGCGACGACAACGACAACGACAACCACGAGCAAGACCACAACAAGCACAGGAACAUCCACCAUCUCAACAACCUCCUCCUCAUCAUCAUGUACGACCCCAACAUCCGUAGCCGUAACCUUCAAGCUAACCGCAACAACCUACUACGGAGAAAACAUCAAGAUGUCAGGCUCAAUCCCGCAGCUCGGCGACUGGGACACAGACGACGCAGUGGCCCUGAGCGCAGCAAACUACACGAGCACUGACCCGCUGUGGUUCGUCACCAUCAACCUGCCCGCAGGCGAGUCAUUUGAGUACAAGUACAUCCGCAUCGAGAGCGACGGGACGAUCGAGUGGGAGAGUGAUCCGAACCGGUCGUACACGGUUCCUGCGGCUUGUGGUGAGACGGCUGCUGUUGAGAGCGAUACGUGGCGGUAA